AUGUAGCUUCAUUCAUCAGGUUACUGUUAACCAGACCAACCAUUUAUUGUGCUAAUAGUUAAAAUAAAAAAAAGUUUCAAAUGGAUGUUAAAUAUAUCCUGUACGUUGUACUUUUGUUAAAUAGAAACAUCAACACGGCGUAUGGAUCGGAUAUUAACGAUACAUUUAAAAUAACUGACAGAGUAUUCAGUUGCAGCAACUGGCUAUCUUCACUAAUAGACAAUAUUUGCAAUAAUGUGUACAAAAUUGUUAAAAGGGAUACAUCGCUUAUGAUCGAGAAAAUGGCACCUAAAGAUCUGCAAAAGAGCAUGUACAAGCAACGCUUACUUACCGAAGAGCAUUGGAGACGCGUGCGGAGGCAAGUCGCCAGUGAAUGCUGCGAACGAGCGUGUACAGUCGGCAACAUAAUCAUGUACUGUCCUGACGAUGCAAAACUAUUGCGAGAAAAUCCUGACAUAUUCUAUUGAAACGAUGACACCAAUGAGUGAUAAAGCCAAAAAUGGUACAUUCAUGUAUCAGCGAACAUUUUAAAAUCUACCUCAUGCUUCCGAGACAAAGACGGUUCUUAGGCAAUCUGAUGUUCCGAAAGUAGCUGAAUAACUUUGUAGUACUCGUUAUUAUAACUGGCAAAGUUACAAAGUCCGUCCAGUAUUUACGUGGUUAAAUAUGUGAUCUGAUGAAUCAACAAUUUAAAUAAAAUAUUUUAAAAAGGAUUUUCCUUUUUGACUUAAAUAUGGGUGGGUACAUUCAGUAAUAUGGUAAAAUGUUUAAAUCGUACAAGUAAGAUAUCUUUCGAGAAGCGAUAUUUAGCAAGCUUUAUGUGUAAAUAUUUUCCUUAAAUU